AGUCCCUGGAUGGAAAUCCCCGGGCGGCUGCGGUAAAACAGAAGGAAAAAAAGAAGAACUUAGCAGUUUGCAGCCUUCGCAGCGGAGGACGCCAACUACUCGCCCAGACAGACUAGCCGGCCAGCUAACUCCGAGUUGGGGCGUCCAUGGAACGCCGCCCCCAUACGGCCGGGAUUCGGGCCCCUACUAGCGGCACGCGCCUGCCCUGACACCAACUUGGGACUUGGGAGCACGGCGUGGCCCUGAGAGGCUUUGUAGAGCACAAUGGCUGAACAACUCCUUCCUCAGGCUUUGUAUUUGAGUAAUAUGCGGAAAGCUGUGAAGAUAAGAGAAAGAACUCCAGAAGAUAUUUUUAAGCCUAUCAAUGGAAUCAUUCACCAUUUUAAGUCCAUGCACCGAUACACUCUGGAAAUGUUCAGGACUUGCCAGUUUUGCCCACAAUUUCGGGAGAUCAUCCACAAAGCUCUCAUCGACAGAAACAUCCAGACUUCUUUGGAAAACCAGAAGAAGCUCAAUUGGUGUCGAGAAGUCAGAAAGCUUGUGGCAUUGAAAACUAAUGGUGAUGGAAACUGCCUCAUGCAUGCUGCUUCUCAGUAUAUGUGGGGUGUACAGGACACAGAUUUGGUCCUGAGAAAGGCACUUUUCAGCACCCUCAAGGAGACGGACACACGCAACUUCAAAUUCCGCUGGCAACUGGAGUCUCUGAAAUCUCAGGAAUUUGUGGAAACAGGACUUUGCUAUGACACUCGGAAUUGGACUGAUGAGUGGGACAGCCUGGUCAAAAUGGCCUCCACAGACACACCAGUGGUCCACUGUGGACUGCAGUAUAAUUCCCUGGAAGAAAUACAUAUAUUUGUCCUUUGUAACAUCCUCAGAAGGCCUAUCAUUGUUAUUUCAGACAAAAUGCUGAGAAGUUUGGAAUCAGGUUCAAAUUUCUCUCCUUUGAAAGUGGGUGGAAUUUAUUUGCCCCUCCACUGGCCUGCUCAGGAAUGCUACAGAUACCCAAUUGUCCUUGGCUAUGACAGCCAGCACUUUGCACCACUGGUAACUCUGAAGGACAGUGGACCUGAAAUCCGAGCUGUCCCACUUGUUAACAGAGACAAAGGAAGAUUUGAAGACUUAAAGGUUCACUUUUUGACAGAUCCUGAAAAUGAGAUGAAGGAAAAGCUUCUGAAAGAAUACUUGAUGGUGAUAGAAAUUCCAGUCCAAGGUUGGGACCAUGGCACCACACAUUUGAUUAAUGCUGCAAAGUUAGAUGAAGCUAAUUUACCAAAAGAAAUAAAUCUGGUAGAUGACUACUUUGAACUUGUCCAGCAUGAGCACAAGAAGUGGCAGGAAAACAAUGAACAAGAACGGAGAGAGCUGCAUGCUCCAAAUCCUCUGGAACAUUCCACUCCCCAGCUUUCUCUCAUGGACAUAAAAUGUGAAACACCCAACUGUCCUUUCUUCAUGUCUGUGAACACCCAGCCUUUAUGUCAUGAAUGCUCAGAGAGGCGACAAAAGAACCAAAACAAAUCUUCCAAAGCAAACUCCAAACCAGGCCCUGAAUUACUCCCUGGCAUGACUCUAGGGCCCUCUCGGGGUGAGCUUUAUGAGCCCAUGGCCUGGAAUUCAGAAGAACCUACAGGAGGACCUCGCUCAGCCCCACCUACGGCACCCAGCCUUUUCUUGUUCAGUGAGACCACUGCUAUGAAGUGCCGGAGCCCUGGCUGUCCAUUCACACUGAAUGUACAACACAAUGGAUUCUGUGAGCGUUGCCACAAUGCUAGACAACUUAAUGCUGGACACACAUCAGACAACAAAAGGCAUUUGGAUCCUGGUAAGUGCCAAGCAUGCCUUCAGGAUGUUACCAGGACAUUUAAUGGGAUCUGCAGUACUUGCUUCAAAAGGACUAAGGCAGAACCCUCCUCCCACCUCAGCUCUAGCAUCCCUCCUUCUUGUCAUCAGCGGUCCAAGUCAGACCCUUUACAGCAUGUACCAAGUCUCUCCCCACAUUCUUGCCACAGAGCUGGGAAUGAGGCUCCCCCUGGCUGCCUCUCUCAGGCCACAAGGACUCCAGGGGACAGAACUGGGACAAGCAAGUGCAGAAAAGCUGGCUGCAUGUAUUUUGGGACUCCAGAAAACCAGGGCUUUUGCACGCUGUGCUUCAUCGAGUACAGAGAAAAUAAACCUUUUGUUGCUGCCUCAGGAAAAGGUGGUCCCACAGCCUCUAGGUUUCAGAACACAGUCCCCUGCCUAGGACGGGAAUGUGGUACGCUCGGAAGCACUGUGUUUGAAGGCUACUGUCAGAAGUGUUUCAUUGAAGCUCAGAAUCAGAGAUUUCAUGAAGCGAAAAGGACUGUAGAGCAACUGAUAUCAAGCCGGCACCGAGACAAGCCACGAACCACACAGAGCUCCCCCAGACCCAAGUGUGCUCGGGCCUCCUGUAAGAAUAUACUGGCCUGCCGCAGCGAGGAACUCUGCAUGGAGUGCCAGCACCUCAGCCAGCGGGUGGUGUCAGGAGCCCACCACAGUGAGCCCAUGCCUGAAGAACCCCCCAAACAGCGAUGUCAGGCACCUGCCUGUGAUCACUUUGGUAAUGCCAAGUGUAAUGGCUACUGCAAUGAAUGCUUUCAGUUCAAGCAGAUGUAUGGCUAACCAGAAGCAGAUGGGACAGACCCAGCAAGAGAGGCCUUGAGUCAUUAACCAGUGUGGUGCUAUACUCUCAAUGCUCUGAUGCCACUGGAGGCUCAGUCCCUUUAACAGGAAGCUCAAGGCGUCUGAGCAAAGAAGCAGAAGAUGAACUCCCCUACGUGAUCUCAAACCUGGUAACUGUGGAACAUUCUCAAAGUUGACUUAGAGAAAACUUGGCAAAACUGGCAACAAAUGGUGUCAGCCUAGAGCUCUUUCCCAUCUCCCACUAAGCAGAAGGUCAAGAGUUCACCAGUCUGGGAUCACAUCAGGGCUGCCUCAUCAUCGUUUGAGAAAAGGGGGAAGACAGUGCUGUGGCUUUGGAAACCCAGACUGUUCUACCUGCCCUCUCAGCAUUCCUCAGAGAGCCGAGGCUGCAUCCUCAUAACCCACAGGCCCUUUGCCAGAAGCUCAGGGAAAAUGAACAUAUUCAGAGUGUUAAUAGUUUGAUGAUUUUUUUUUUCUUACCAGCCCAGUUCCUUUCCCCUGGAUACAACGGAAACAAAAUGCCAUCCACAGACUGUGAUUCUGAGGCUGCUGAGACUGAAUAAGUUUAGAAAGUAAACAAGCUGCUCUUUACAAUAUGCACCUUUUAGCAAACAUAGUAUUUUAGUGGGAAGAUGUGUAACUCUUUUGGUUAGCACUGUCUUCACUUCUAAAGAAGUUAAUUUAGAACUGAAGUGUGCAUAAAUGUAUGUACAUAUAUAAUAAACCCUUAUUAUGUAUGAGGGGAUUUUUUUAAGUAUAUUGAAAUGAUGCCCUAGAAGUUAAGUAGAAAGACCAAAUAAUAAUAACCUAUUUUCUGGUUGUUGCUGGGGCACCUCCUAUACACUGUGUAGCUUAUAUGAACUCAACCAGCUGCCUUGUUAAAGGGAGUAGGUGCCCUGUUGUAUUUGUGACUCACUUUAUUUAUUUUAUUACAAACUUUUAAGAUUAUUUAAAUGAAAAUGUUUCUUCUGUUCUGGGGAAAACUUUGUGGUGUCUUCUUGAUAAAAUAGUUGCUUUGGGUGAUAUUACAAAGCCAAGCAUGCUCAUGUUCCUGAUGACAGUGGGGAAAUGGGUUUCUGGUACACUUUUUUGUUUGUUUUAUUUUUUGCCUCCAGGGUUAUUGUUGGGGCUCAGUGCCAGCACUUCGAAUCCACUUCUCCUGUGUGUGUGUGUGGGGGGGGGCAUUCUUCUCUGUUUUAUUUGGUAGAACAGAGGGAAAUUGAGAGGGGAAGGAAGGGUAGAUUGAGAGGGAGAGAAAGAGAGAGACAGACACGUGCAGACCUACUGCUUUUGAAGCAUCCCCCCUGCAGGUGAGAAACUGGAGGCUUGAACCCGGAUCCUUGCUCAGGUCCUGUGCUUCUUACUAUCUGCGUGUAACCAGGUGUGCCACCACCCAUCCCCUCUGAUACACUUUUAUUGUCUUCCCUAGCAAAGAGAAUUCAUCGCAAUCUUUUGUUUCUUCUUAAUGGAAAUUUGGCCAGAACCUCUCUCCAACCUUCUGUAAGAAGCUCUUUACUGCAAAUAUAUGUAUGCCUCUGAGUAUUCUACCUCCUUAGAGAUAAGCUUGGGAAGGACAGGGAUGACAUUAAAGGCAGUCACAGUGGAUGAUAUGACUUUUGUAAUAUUUGCUGUGCCAAUGUACUGCCCCCAGGUGUUAGAAAGUCAUCUUUUUUCCAGUGAUAUCCUAGCAUUGUAACAAGCAAGACCUUGUAGUCAUAUAUGAGUAUGAGGGAACUUAUUUCUAUCCUUAGCCUGUAGUUACUAGCUAUGCUUUGUGUGACUAACAGACUUUUUUUUUCUUUUU